AUGCCUGCGCUGAAAGCUCGGCGCGGAUUCCGAGCUCAACCCUUCCGCUAUUUUGUCAUCGGAUUCGGAUUGGUGUUUUUGACCUGCUAUUACCUGGUCCAUGAGCCGGCAUCAUCAGUCCGCACUCGCUCCAAGGACGCUGCAAGAAACUCUACCCUCGGAUUUCAAAAGAUUCUGGUUCUCUCCAAAUCACCAAGUUGGAGAACAAGAGGACUGAAAGCUGCAGCCGCUUACACUGGCCUCGAUGUCGAGAUCCCGGUCCAAUCCCUCCCGACUCCCGAGUUCAUCCAGGUCUUCCGUGAUCUCGGACCAGCCGAAGGAAAACACCCUGGACUGGGACAAGCUUACAAUUGGCUUGCCCAUCUGGAUCUGGUAAAAUACGCCAUCGCGCUGGACCUCGAGACUGUCCUUAUCCUCGAGGACGACGCGGAUUGGGAUGUCAGUAUCAAGCACCAGAUGCAGCUCAUUUCAUCCGCGGUACGAGAGUUUACUUUUGUGGAUGAGGAAGAUGAGACGCCGUACGGGAAAUCAUGGGACAUUCUUUGGAUAGGACAUUCGGGCGAACCUACAGACAACAACACGAGACGGAUUGAGUUCAAGGACCCGUCGGCUCCCCUGGAAGCUGAGUAUACAGGAUGGGCCAAGAAAUACUUCCACCGUUUCACCCCUGGCACUCGCGUUAUGCAGAGAAGUGUCAAUCCGGUCGGGACUAUUGGGUAUGCGCUGACGAAGCGAGGAGCGAAGAAGGUUGCGAUAUGGGCGGGGAAGGGAGAAGACGAAGCUUAUGAUAUUCAUUUAAUGCAUGGGUGUAGAAGCAAAGACCUUAGUUGCCUCGUGGUCACUCCGGAGUUGAUGCAUCACUAUGUUCCGCCGAGGGACUUCGGGUAUGUCAGUGAGGUGGCGGGGGUUAAUGGCGCUGGUAGCAGAGCAGAGGAAGACGAUUUUGAGAAGUUGAUGGGGAGCACGCCCAAUGUCUUGCACAGCACAAGAUGUCGAGUACUGUUUGGGAGUACUUGUUUGAGGAAGUAA